CUGAAAUUUGACGGUGGGAGACGUAACACAUCCAACGGUAGAGCCUCGCCAGAGAACACGACUAAUUGAUGACCUUAACAGUUGUUCGUGUCUUCUUAGGUGGUUGGUCAGUCCUGACAAACAGCCUAUGCUUUAUCAACGCUGGUCCGAUGAGACAAGCCGGAAAAUCUGUUAUGCAAAGUGCCCGACGGUGUGUGACGGAGACAAAGACCACUUACCGUGGUCGAGUCAGAGUCGAUGUGGGGCUGAUAAACUGGCCGAAUAGGGAAUCGCAUCUUGAAACGUAUCUAGCCCCGCUCGUUCCCAGGGCUUUCCCUUCCGUCCCCAUGCUUUCAGUCGGAUUCGCAUCCACCAGCUGUCACUACUGUCAGAACUGUCAACACCCAGUACACUAAGCUCCAUGCAGCACCCUUGACGAGGUUAUGACUCUCUCACAGUUAUUGUGUGAUAGACAGUUAUGUAACGUGCUUUAGGUUUACGCCAUUCUCAUAUUCCGCUGCCCAAAGAGCGCGAUUGCCCGAAAUAAAGGGUCGGUGA